AUGGGCGAUAUCGUUCUGGAAACGUCAGUGGAACACGACGUUAACUCAAGAGAAGCAAAUAGCGGAAAAAGGAGCAACAGCUGCAUGCCACCGGCACAUGGCCGUCCGCAGCAGCGCAGAAAUUCGAAGAAUGAUUGGAAUCCUCCUUUAGAUACGAGCACAUUGCCCGCCGCUGGCCUCUCCUCCAGUCGCUGCACUAGGGAUUUCGCUGCGCGCUGUAACCUGCUGCUACACAGCGGGGUGAAACGCUCACCAGCUGCUUUUCAGAGUACUACCUAUGAGCGGCCGCCGUCUCCGCAGAAAUAUCGAGGAUGGAACCACAGGUAUGGCGACACGGCCCCUUUGUCUGCAUCGGCAGAGGAAGGGAGUACCAGCCCCAAGCAGUCUCUUCAAGGCAAGUUACGCCAGCAGUAUGCUCGCUACAACCGUGUGUUCCGUGAUCCUCCGUCAGAGGACCCUCCUGCAUUGAAGCAGCGCGCUCCGAUUUCCGAGCUGGAGGCGAACAGGCAGCGCAUCAUGCGCCACUGCUGCAUCUUCAAUGACACGCCGGAUUCUAAUAAACAGCAACUAGAACGUGAUAGGGCCAAAUCCCCGGCAGCAAGGCCUCCUGAGGACACUUCGCCAGAUAGGUCUCCCGAUGAGCAGGAACAAACCAUUACGGAUGAGAGUCCCAAUUUCAGGGCGCCUUUGGUUAUUGAGACGACCAUCAUCGGCGGCACACGAACUGUGAUGCCACGCAAUCCGGAAUGGGAGGUAGUUGCCAUGCGGAUGUCCUGCAUCGAUCCGUCGAUGUCGGAGCGUGACAUCGAGACGCUGGCGCACAAAGCCGAUAUGCAGGUGGUAUCUAUUCACCUGGAUCGCAACAUAAUAUCGCACCUCUGUAACGGCACUGGGACCAUCAAGUGCCGCCACACCGGUGGUGAGCAAGGCCUGAUGUACUUUGGGCAACUGCUGGCGAAGCGGGGCAUCCGCCUCUGUAUAACGGAUCUCAUCUCCGGAUCUACCACGAACCAUGAAAGAUCCUAG